AUGUCUAACUAAAAGUGAUAUAGUAAAAUAUUUAAUAGUUUCAGUAGUUUCAUACACACAUUUUUAACAAAUUCUUUAUAUUUAAUCACUACUACUCUACUAUAAUUAACAUUAAUAUGUCCACCGACGGGAAUACUAACCCGUUCAAGUAUUUUCUAGCUGGUGGUUUUGGUGGUGUGUGCACAGUGUUAGUGGGUCAUCCAUUAGACACUAUUAAAGUUAGAUUACAAACAAUGCCACCAGCUCAGUUAGGUAAAUUACCUAUUUACAAUGGUGCAUGGGAUUGUGCGGUUAAAACUAUUAAGAGAGAAGGUUUUUUUGGUUUAUAUAAAGGUAUGGCAGCUCCAAUAACUGGCGUAGCUCCAAUAUUUGCCAUAAGUUUCUUAGGUUUUGGACUGGGGAAAAAAAUUUUUUCAUCCACUGGAGAUAAAAAAGAAAAUUUAACUCUCUCAGAACUAUUUUGUGCUGGAUCAUUCUCUGGUAUUUUUACAGCUAUCAUAAUGGUACCCGGAGAACGCAUUAAAUGUAUUUUACAAGUACAGGAAUUGGGUCACCAAAAAUAUGAUGGCCCAAUCAGUGUUAUUAAAAACUUAUACACUGAAGGUGGAAUAAAAAGCUUAUACAAAGGAACAUGUGCUACAUUGCUUAGAGAUAUUCCUGCGUGUGGUGUGUAUUUUACUACGUAUGAACUAUUAGUGAGAUAUCAAAAAAAUAACAACUCGGAAGGACUCGUAAACACAAUAUUUGCUGGAGGUAUGGCUGGUAUACUGAAUUGGUUAAUUGCUAUGCCUGCGGACGUACUCAAGAGUCGUUUACAAAUCGCACCCAAAGGAAUGUACCCAAGAGGCAUUCGAGAUGUAUUUGCGAAACUAUACAAAGAAGAAGGACUGAAAGCAUUGUACUCCGGUGUGACACCAGUUAUGCUUCGAGCAUUCCCUGCAAAUGCUGCGUGUUUCUUAGGUGUAGAGCUAGGGUUAAAGAGUUUAGACUUUAUUUUUCCUCCGAAAAAUAAUAAAUCCCUAGAAAUUAACUAAUAUAUUAUGUUUUCAAAUUUCUCACAGUUGAGACUCAUACAAUUUUUUAUAAUUAUUGUUAUUUGGUUUUAUAUUUUGUUGGGUGGUAUGGGUGAUUGUACUCUAAAUAUUUAUACAGGCUGUGCAUAGUAGAAUAUGUAUUAUAUACAAUAAUUUAUGCUAUUUGUAUUAAUUUUUAAAGUUAUCCUAAUUUUUUUUUUUUUUUAAAUUGAUUGAAUAUCAUCAGUGGCGCCUAACCCCCCUAAUAAGUGUUGUUAAAACAAUUGCUUAAAAUGAGGUGUCUAAUGGUCAUUAGGUCCUUAAGGCAGCUCAAAUAACCUUGAUAGUAUCAUAAAGUAUUAUAAUAGUAUAGUAAUAACCUUUACAUUUUUAACAACCACGGGUUUGGUUUGAAUAUUUUUGGUGGGUGGUACCUUCUGAAAAUAAAUUUAACAACAAUACUUUUUUGAGAGCUMGGUGCCACUGAACAUCACAUACUUAUGUGUAAAUUAUUUAGUAUGAAUGUAUUACGUAAAGAUAAUAAUUUUAGAUUAAGUUAAUUUUAAUGAAUUUCUUUUUACUGUGUUAUACUUUGUUAGAUUAGGCUUUUUUUUUWAAUUGAAAUACUGAUAUUGUGCUCCCCUAAGUAUAUAAUAAGAAUACUGAUAUAAAGAAUACAUUAUAUUUUACUAUUUUAUUGCAUGCUAAUAUUUAUUUAAAAAUAUAUUUCUUUGG